GUGUGCGUGUGCCACAGCGAGGAGGACCUGGCGGCUGUGCAGGAGUUGGUGGCCUACCUGGAGGACAGCCCUGCCAGCCUGCGCUGCUUCCUGCAGCUGCGGGACUCCGCCCCGGGCGGCGCCAUCGUGUCCGAGCUGUGCCGGGCGCUGGACAGCAGCCACUGCCGCGUGCUGUUCAUCACUCCCGGCUUCCUGAGUGACCCGUGGUGCAGGUACCAGAUGCUGCAGGCCCUGAGCCAGGCCCCGGGGGCCGAAGGCCGCACCAUCCCCCUGCUCGUCGCAGGCCUGGCCAGGGCCGCCUACCCGGCCGAGCUCCGCUUCAUGUACUUCGUGGACGGCCGGGGGCCCGACCAAGGCUUCCGCCAAGUCAAGGAGGCCAUCCUGCGCUGUAAGCUCUGUGAGGAGGGGGUGGGGAGGGGGAAAGGGUCAGCAUCGAUGCUUGGGCUUCAGGAGACAGCCCUGUAGCCCAGGAGUUCAACACAUAGGCUCUGAAAGCAGUGUGCUUCUUGGGCAGUUACUUAAGCCCUCUGUGCCUGGGUGUCCUCAUUGGGACACGAGAAUGAUACCGUGUACCGCAAUCAGUAUACACACUAAGUACGUGUUCAGAGCAGGGCCUGGCACAUGGAAAGUGCUCAUAACAGGCACCUACCAAGGCCUCAGUAAGUCUUAGCCAUUGUUAGCAUUCCUUGUGUGAGUUUCUCUCACGCAGGCCAGGUUGGAGGAACAUCUAUCUAUGUAU